AUGAGCAUUGAAACACCGAGUCCAAGUGCUUCCCCAAGUGCCAGUAGUGACGGUGAUGGAUCCCCAAAUCGUCAUUUAACAGCCGAUGGGAAGCCCAAGAAAUGUCGGUUUAAUGAUUGUGACAAUUUGGCCGUCGAUGGGACAAGUAAAUGUGCUUUUCACAAGAAUCGACGUCAAUGUUGUGUUGAAAAUUGUACAAACCAGGUCUAUGCUCGUAAAUUGUGUGUUCGUCAUGGUGGCAAGAAACAAUGUCAAGCUGAUCAUUGUGAAGCGCAUGCACGAGGUGGUGGCUUUUGUUUACAACAUGGCGGGUUUGUGGUCAAACGCUUUUGUAUUGUUGAAGGCUGUUCCAAACAAGCUCAUGCUCGACAGAAAUGUGUGCGUCAUGGAGGAGGACGUCGGUGUAAAGUUGAUGGCUGUAUGCAACACGCACGAGCAGGAGGUUUGUGCAAUCGUCAUUCUCAUGGUCAUGGCUGUCGUGUUGAAGGUUGCAACAAGACGGCGCAACACUCGGGCUCUAUUUGUUUCCGACAUGCAAUGGAGCUACGUGCCCAUGGUGAAGAUGUACCGGAGCUAAACAUUUCCAAGGGUGGACGACUGAGCAGUAAGAAACGACAGCAACAACAACGUGAGCAGCAGAUGAAACAGGAACAAUUCCAUCAUCACCAGAUCCAUGAGCAUCAAAACCAUCAAUCUCAUCAUUAUGUGCAGCAGCAUUCAGCACCUCCUCAUCCGCUGUCCAUUCAGGUGCCACAGAGUCAGCCCAUGCAGCAGCAAUCGUCCAAUGCCUCGAAUCCAUUUGGUUUACCUUUGAAGAUUAACGUGCCAACGACGAUGCCCAAGUUCAGUCUACGUACACCAUUGGGCAACAGUUUCCCAACGCCUCGUAGUCACGAGUUCUCACUGCUCAUGGGUCUGCCUUCUCCCCAGAUUGACAACUCGCAGUUGCCGAGUGUCUUGGCCAUGACAAAUGCUGGUGGGAACAGCAUGUCUGGUGGCCAACGUACGCCAGGUCUUGACAGCUUCUUGACGAGCGGACCGCCCAGUGUCUCGCGUGGCAAUGGCAGCAACUACCUUUCGCUGGGUCUAUUCCCGACCCCGAGACUCACGGACCGAGACUCUAAUGGCAACGAAGACACGAUGAUGAGUGACUACAUGAAGCUUAUGGGCCCUGACACGCCCAUGGCUUUCUCCUCCAACGGCCAGUUUGGUGCGUCUCCUUUGCUUGAGAACAUUGGUGCAAAUGUGUUUGACAACCACCAUCAUCACCAGAAUCAUCAUAACCACUCCACCAAUGAGCCUCGAAGCCACAUGGCAGCUAUGGCCGCUGCUGCUGCUGUUCAUGGCAGUGGCCACCAGCGCAUGAAGAUGGAUUUCCUAUCUCCGCGUGGACUGGCGGCGCACAACUUUCAAAGCACGGGGUUCCCCACAUCCACGUCGGCUAGUGAAGGCAUGAGUUCGGGUAUCACAUCCUCUGGAACGACGGACUAUGCGGCGCAGUUUUUUGCGGACAACAAGAACGACAAGGGGCGUGGCCACAUGAAGUCGUCAUCUGUGUCGGCCGCUACGACGGCCACUCCCAAGCCUACAGGCGUCACUGCCGCAUAG